UAGCACCCAUUAAACGUCAAAUAAACAAUCAGCUGGGAUGCAUUUUUCUCUUUUGGCGUAGUUGCUAUUGCUUUUUAUACUUUUGAGAACAAUUCUAUUAUUUGUAUUCCCAAUCGCGCAAACUGAUUACAAAGAUAAGCAUUAUCAAAAUUACUCAACGAUGAGCUAUGAUGGAUUACUGUCGAAGUUAACCGAUGAAAAGCUGAAUUUUUACCCCACACCACACACUGCGGUGGAAGAAGAACAGCCAGCCAUACUCCAACAGACGGUGGGUCAUGAUGUUGCGGUCAUUGCUGCUGGUGCUGCACACUCUAAAGGAGGAACCAAAUCCGAGACAUCCACUCCCCAACGGAAGGUAUCGACUUCACGUUUUAUGAAUGCUUUUAGCCAGUUUUACGCUGGUGGCUGUGGCAGUGGACAAGCAGCUGCUGUUCCCUCAACAUCAUCGGCAACUCAACCAUUUGUUCAUGCUGUGACAGCGGAAGACGAUCCAUCGCCUAGUAACUCUGCGGGGCGGACACCAACCAAGGGCAUGGAAUCCAAACUUCUCUCGAUGUGGCACAAUGUCAAAUAUGGCUGGAGCGGAAAAAUACGGUCAAAUUUCUCCAAGGAACAGCCAGUGUGGCUGCUAGGUCGGUGCUAUCAUCGCAAAUACACACCACCAACAUCAAUGGAGAGCUCUGCCGAACUUACAGCUAGUCUGGAACCUAUCAAAGGAGGACUUACGGCUGUGCAUCAGAUUGAGAUUCAGGUUGACGAGAGCCUGGUUGCUCAAGAACUCGGAAUGGAUGCCAUUGAGAAUCAAGCUGCCGAAAAUCCCUGGGAGGAGGGCAUCGAAGGAUUCAAAAGGGAUUUCUAUAGCCGCUUAUGGAUGACAUAUCGCCGAGAAUUUCCCAUUAUGAAUGGCUCAAAUUACACUUCGGACUGUGGCUGGGGAUGUAUGCUGCGCAGUGGGCAAAUGCUUUUGGCGCAGGGAUUGCUGUGUCAUUUCUUAGGCAGAAGUUGGCGCUGGGAUCCCGAGACACAACUACACUCAACCUACGAGGAUAACCUGCAUAGAAAGAUUAUCAAGUGGUUCGGCGAUAGCUCAUCUAAGAACAGUCCCUUUUCCAUACACGCUCUAGUCAACUUGGGCCAAGAAAUGGGCAAGAAACCAGGUGAUUGGUAUGGUCCAGCUUCUGUUUCUCAUCUUCUAAGACAAGCUGUAAAGAAUGCGGCUCAAGAAAAUGCCGACUUUGACAAUAUUGUUAUCUAUGUGGCCCAAGAUUGCACAAUUUAUAUUCAAGACAUCCAUGAUGAGUGUUUCAUCCCGGACAGAACAACAAAAUACGUUCCAUGGCAGACAAAUAGAAAACCAGUCGAAGACCCCUCGGGGGCACAUCCUCAACCGCAACAGCAGGUCUACUGGAAAUCUCUAAUAAUUUUGAUUCCACUGCGUUUAGGAACUGAGAAACUCAACCCCGCAUAUGCCCAUUGCCUCAAGCUUCUCCUCAGCACCGAAUAUUGCAUUGGAGUUAUUGGAGGAAGACCAAAACAUUCCCUCUACUUUGUAGGAUUCCAAGAGGACAAACUUAUACACUUGGAUCCACAUUAUUGUCAGGAAAUGGUCGAUGUUAACCAAGAAAACUUCUGUGUAAAUUCUUUUCAUUGUAAAUCACCAAGAAAACUAAAAACCGCAAAAAUGGAUCCAAGUUGUUGCAUCGGAUUCUAUUGCCAGACCAAAACAGAUUUUGAUAAUUUCGUUGAAAAUGUUCAAAUGUACUUACAUCCAAUAAGAUUUGCAUCACCUCAAACGGCUCACGAAGGAAGUCCCUCACAGUGCCCCGAAAUGAAUUAUCCAUUGUUCACAUUCUCCCGGGGCAGUUAUGUAGACCAAGAAAAAGACGAACCCCAUGAAUCAGUUUACAAACCAUUGCAACGGCAAUUGGCCCAACUUCAGCAUGAAUUAUGUGGAAGUCGUGAACAUGCCGCUGACGACGAUGACGGUGAAACCGAAGAGUUUGUGAUUCUGUAAUGGAAACAUUAAAAAGAAAGAAGCUUAUUCUACAUAUGUGCGUUUAAAACUAUCUCCCAUCUAAUAAAUUACUGAUCUACUCUACCUACCUUAGUGCGGUCAUAAAAUCACAAAUAGGCAAACAAAAUAACUCAAAAUCUCAUCGAGUUCUCAUUUUAAGUUUUUAAUGGUUUUCUUUUUCUUUCUUUUUUAAAUAAUUAUAAGCAAAAAAGUAUUCUUAGUUAAGUGUAGAACUAAUUUCACAUUGAUAUCAUGUCAUUCAAAACAUUUUUUUUUUAUUUAGUCUUAACAAAUUCCGCGUGAACUUUUUUAUGACUUUAAUUUUGUUUUUUAAAUGCGGUUUUCCAAAUAAUUAUUUUAAUUGCGAAUAUUUACAUAUGUGUACAUGUAAUAGGUUCUAAGUUCAUACAUAAAUAUAUAUAUAAAUUAUAUAAACCUCAUUAUAAAUUUAAACAAACAAAUAAAAUAACACAAAAGUUAUUUGAAAUUACAUAAUUGUAAAAAUUAAUUAUAAUUCAUAUUUUUGCUAAUUAUUGUUCGGCGACAG